CGUUGAUCGUGUGCAUGUGAGGGGCGCGGGAGUGCGUGGCGGUGGUAAUUCUGUCCGUGUUUUGACCUGUGAUUGGUAGAGCCCAGUCGGCAGGUACUUUAUUUCCAUACUGUACCUUUAGUCAGUGAAUUUCGACAUGGAUCCGGAGGCGUUCUUGGACCUGGCGAACCAAGUGACGAAGCUUAAUCCAUUUCCAUACUUUGAUAUUGCUCACUGUGCCAUUACUUGCUUUUAUGUGCGAGAAGAUAUUGGUGCAGGCUCGCAGGCGUUCUCCCGGAAGCAUCCGCUGGCCACAUGGCUGUCGUCCAUGUUCGCCAUAUUCGCCGGCGCGCUGCUGGCCAACUUCCUGCUGGGCGAGCCGGUGCUGGGCGCCGUGAAGAACAACAACCAGCUGCUGGUGGCCACGGCCGUCUGGUACGUGGUGUUUUACUCUCCAUUUGACAUCGGGUACAAGGUGGUCAAGUUCCUGCCGUUCAAGGUCGUACUGUCCGCCAUGAAAGAGGUGUACAGAUGUAAGAAGGUGCACGACGGCAUCACCCACGCCGCCAAGCUGUUCCCCAACAGCUAUCUCAUCAUGGUCGUCGUCGGUACUGUCAAGGGCAACGGCGGCGGCUUCGUCAAGAUCGUGGAAACGCCUGUUCCGGGCGUGUGGACCCCCACCGCCAUGGAAAUCAUGGGUCCUAGCUUCCCGACGAAGGCCUCUAUUGCCGCUGCCAUCAUAUUCGUGCUGGAUAAGAAGACGGAUAUCAUCUCGGCGCCCCAUGCCCUCGUUUACUUCGGCAUCACGAUCUUCUUCGUCUAUUUCAAGCUGUCGUCGCUGCUGUUGGGCAUCCACGACCCGUUCGUGCCGUUUGAGAACCUGUUCUGCGCCGUGUUCCUGGGCGGCGUGUGGGACUCCCUGCAGCGCGCCGUCUCCGGCGGCAAGGCGGCGCCCGGCGACCCGGUCCGACCUGACGCCAAGCCGGAGGCCGCCAAGAAGAAGGACUGA